ACCGAGCCCUAAGAUUGCCAAAAGCCUCCGCCGUGAGCUUGGUCGCGACGGGAGGGUGUCGGGGACUGCCAGCCAUGGGGCAGUCUGCUGGUGCCCCCUACGGCCUGCUGCCCGCCGCCGGCGCCCUCGCGGGAGGCCCCCCCGCGGCGGGCGGGUGGCGGGGGUCCGGCGGCGCCCGCGGCUGCGGCAGCCGCGCGAGCCCGUGGGCGGUGGCCGCGGGCGCCGCGGCAGCGGCGGUUGGCGCUGCGGCUCUGGCCGUGAGAGGUCUUCGGGAGCGCUUGCCCUCCUCCGGCAGCGGCGCCACGCCUUGA